AUGAACACACUUUGGACCGUCAUCUGGAACUUGUUUUUGUCUCCCCUGACAAAGUUCCCGGGACCUAGGAUUGCCGCUUUGACAGACUGGUGGGAGGUCUAUCAUACCGUUCAAUGUGACAAGUUCAAGGUGAUUCAUGAACUUCAUGUCAAAUUCGGUCCGGUGGUGCGAGUUGGACCAAACAAGUUAUCCUUGGCAACGCCUGAGGCGUUUCAAACCAUCUACAACAAGAGAUGUCAAGAGUUUCUGAAGUCCGACUUUUACGCCACUAUCCAGCCAGGAAUCGGUCCAAAGUACUCUGGACUCUUCAAUUAUGUUGAUAACCAGCAAGCAGCCUAUGAGAGGAAGGAUUUGCAAGCGCAACUCUCGCCGGCGGCGUUGCGCCAGUAUGAGCGGCGGUUCCAGCCCAUUCUGGCAACUCUUGUGGCAGUUAUGAAAGAAAAGCGUGAGCUGGAUCUCUUUUUAUACCUCAAGUUCCUCAUGCUGGAUACGAUUGGCGAUCUCGCCUUUGGGCAGUCAUUUCACCAGCUUGAAUCUGGGCAGGAGCAUCAGUACUGCAUCGACUUCAACAACGCAUUCAUGGUUAUCGGGCUGCGGCUGAAGGAUGCGACCUACGGUCUUCAAAGAGUUUUCAAGUACGCCCAAACGCGUGUGGAUGCCUUUUUGAACGAGGAGAAACCAGAGUUCGGCACACUUAUGGACGCUUACCUCCAAGAUGGAAAGCCCAAGCGUCCCUAUUCGUCGUGGUCGAUCGCAAUUGCCGGGCACGGCUUCAUGUAUGUUACCAGUCACUUCAGAACUGCCUUUCUUCUUCAAUCUCUCUUUCACUUAGAGUCUGCGCUCUGGAAUAUUGGGUAUUGA